CUUCUUCUUCAUCAUAUUCUUCUCCUUCUUCUCUCCAUCUCGGAGAUUUUAUCAUCCUCUCCCUGCCAUUUCAAAAACCUUAAAGCAGCAAAACACGCUAAACUUCAACGCUCAUUAAUCUGCAUUUUACUCCCCCCAUCAAUCCCUAACCACCCUUCUCUUUUCUCUCUCCCAAGCUCUGUUUUUGAUCGGCGCCCAACUGUCCUUUGUCAUUGGGUUUGAUACCCAGCAUCUGUUUCCCGCAUUUCCAUUUUUGCCCUCUACGCUCCUCCCAUCGCCGUUGGUACGCCCGCGCUCCAACUCUUCUGGGAAUGUGAUUCACCACUUUCCAUUAGGGUUUUAAUCAUCACUACUAGUAUACUAUUGUUAAAAAAUAAAACCCUUAACAUUUUCAGUUCCUUAUUAUUAAUCGGGUUCCUUCAUUUUUGAUUCAUUAACUCUGUUCUCGUAUUUAUUGAUAUACGGCUAUUGCACUUGUUUGGAUUCAGUUGAUAUUAGCUGUGCACUGUGAAAUUGUUUAAGGUUCUGUGUGUUUGUGUUAUUUUAGGAAAAUACCCAGAAUUGGUUAAAUGGUACUUCACUGCUCUUGCCAUUUAUUUUUAGCUUUAGAGGAAUUAAAAAUCCUAUAUUUGUGUUGUUUGUUCAGCACUUGCAAAAUUUGCCUCUGACAGGAUCAGAAGGCUUUCAUGUGUUGCAUUUAUCGGCUCCAUUAGUUGUGGGGAUAGUGUGUUGACUUGGGUUGUUAGGUUUUCUAGGAGUUCAAAAGGAAAAGCUUAGGCUUGCAUGGGAGAGCAUGAGGGGUGGGCACAGCCACAGAGUGGGAUAUUGCCAAAUGGCUUGUUGCCCGAUGAAGCCGCAUCGGUGAUGCGAGUGCUUGAUAUGGAGCGAUGGUUAAAGGCUGAAGAAAGGACUGCAGAGUUAAUUGCCUGCAUUCAGCCUAAUUCACCCUCUGAGGAGCGCCGCCAUGCCGUUGCAGACUACGUGCAGCGGCUGAUCAUGAAGUGCUUCCCUUGCCAGGUGUUCACCUUUGGGUCAGUACCCCUCAAAACUUAUUUGCCUGAUGGAGAUAUUGACCUGACUGCAUUCAGUAAGAAUCAAAAUCUGAAGGAUGCGUGGGCACAUCAGGUUCGCGACAUGCUCCAGAUUGAGGAAAAGGAUGAAAAUGCAGAGUUUCAUGUCAAAGAGGUUCAGUACAUCCAGGCUGAAGUGAAGAUUAUAAAGUGUCUUGUUGAGAAUAUUGUGGUAGACAUUUCAUUUAAUCAGCUUGGAGGAUUGUGUACCCUUUGUUUUCUUGAGGAGGUUGAUAAUUUGAUUAAUCAAAACCACUUAUUCAAGCGUAGCAUUAUACUUAUAAAAGCUUGGUGUUAUUAUGAGAGUCGUAUACUUGGUGCCCACCAUGGACUUAUCUCAACUUAUGCAUUAGAAACCUUGGUUCUUUACAUAUUUCAUGUUUUCAACAAUUCCUUUGCUGGACCACUUGAGGUAUUGUAUAGAUUUCUGGAGUUUUUUAGUAAGUUUGAUUGGGAUAAUUUUUGUGUAAGCCUAUGGGGUCCAGUACCCAUUAGUUCUCUCCCAGACGUAACAGCUGAAUGUCCUCGGAAAGAUGGUGGAGAUUUACUGCUCAGCAAGUUAUUUCUUGAUGCCUGCAGCUCUGUUUAUGCUGUUUUCCCUGGUGGCCCAGAAAAUCAGGGGCAACCAUUUGUUUCCAAGCAUUUCAAUGUUAUUGAUCCUCUGCGGGUCAACAAUAACCUUGGGCGUAGUGUGAGCAAAGGAAAUUUCUUUAGGAUACGCAGUGCCUUUGCAUUUGGGGCCAAAAGGCUGGCUAGAUUACUUGAUUGCCCAAAGGAGGAAUUGUUUUUGGAAGUCAAUCAGUUCUUUAGGAACACUUGGAAAAGACAUGGAAGUGGGCAGCGACCUGAUGCUCCAAGCAAUGACUUAUGGUGUUUGAGGUUAUCUAAUCAUAACCAAUUACAGGGGUCUGAGAAUCUCCAGAAUAAUAGCCAAAAAACUCAUUGUAAUGAAGUGAAAGGGGUACAUACUUCUCGAAGUGAUCUAUCUCACCAUAGUAUUUUGUCCUCCGAAAACUCAUCUAAGAAUAGUGAUGUUUCUACAGUAUCACUUUCUUAUGGCAACCAAGAUAUUGCAAAGAAUCCCGAUCAGGUCAAAAGGGAAGCUAAUUGUAAUCAAGGUGCUCGUGUUGAUAAGGGUCAGAGAAAUGUAAAACCGAAUAAUCCGUUCAGUGAUGUUCCGGGAAGGUUAUUAUUUGCGAGAACAUGUUCUAGUCCUGAGUUGACGGACUCAUAUGGUGAAGUUCCUUCCCAAGGAAGGCAUCCAAGAGGCCCAGAAAGUGGGAAAGGCGCAAAUUCCUCUGCAAAGUUGGAGAAUAGUCAUAGGAAGCAUCUUGAUUCUGACAUGCCUGCUAGUUAUGGCGUUAGAAUUGACAAUUCAUCUUCUAGUCAAAUCUUAUCUCGUCAAGUUCUUGAUAGUGCUGCUGAUUCAAACAAUGGUUCAAAUAGUUAUGAUGAUGAAUCAGGCUCUCGUGUCAUGGGUGAAGAGUUUGCAUCUGUUGCUGGAGUCAGUGGAACGCAUAUGAUGCAUCAGGAAGAGCAGGACCUUUUAAACAUGAUGACAUCUCCCGCAGCUCAAGGUUUCAGUGGUCAUGCUCAUCCAUUGAAUUUAGCUACGGGUCACCUACCACUUCCCUUUUCUCCUUCCAUUCUCACAUCAAUGGGAUAUGCUCAGAGAAACAUGGGUAACAUCUCCUUGAUUGAGGCUCCUUGGGGUACUAAUAUGCAAUUUCCCCAAGGUUUAGUUCAUUCACCAUUGACUCCAUACUUCCCUGGCUUGGGAUUGACAUCAAAUCCGGAAGAUUUAAUUGAAACUGGUAAUGAAAAUUUCAAUUCUGUUGAAACAAGCUUAGCAGAAGCUGAUAAUGAUUUCUGGCACGAGCAAGAAAGGACUUCUGCUAGGGGGGUUGGAGUUGAUAAUGGAAAUUUUGAAAUGCUUCCAGAUGAUAAGCAGCAGUCAACUUCAGGUGGUUAUAAUUUUAUCCCAUCACCUCAUGUUGGCAGCUCUAAUAAUCCUGCUAGACUGCAACAGAUGUUUACAAAAGAAAACCAAGUUUCUACAAGAGAAGAGCAUGUUGAUAAUUCACAAUAUCAAGAUGGCAGAGGAAAUGAUGUUUAUUUUGAUGAUAGAAUAGUAAAUCCUAGGUUUCCCAGUGUAACACCUUCAAGCUCCUUCAGGAGUAAGACAUCUUCCGAAAGCUCUUGGGAAGGGUCAUCAGCAAAAUCCUCAAAAUCCACAAGGGAAAAAAGGGGGAAGAAAAAUACUUCCUCAGUGCCAUCUGCUGCUUACGGAAAGGGCAAAAAUGUCUCAGAUAUCUCUUCUAAUCUAGGCGAUGAUGAAAACAGACAAUGGACAUCGUUGUCAUCUACAGCAUCUGAUAUGUCAGAAAGAAGCACCGGGCCACUGGCUGUUACUCCCAUGCAUGUUCCAAGACAGCAAGUAUCUGGUUUUGAAGUGGCUCAGACAAGUGGAUCAGAUUCUUUGUUACCUGUGGCCCCAAUGCUUAUAGGUCAUGGCUCUCGCCAAAGAACAAUUGAUAAUUCUGGGGUUGUUCCAUUUGCAUUCUAUCCCACAGGGCCACCAGUUCCAUUUGUUACAAUGCUUCCAUUAUAUAAUUUUCCUAAAGAAUCUUCUGACAUAUCAGCAAGCAAUUUCAAUGUAGAAGAAAGUGCAGAUAACAGUGACUCUGGUAAAAAUUUUGAUCCAUCUGAGGUAUAUGACCAGCCUGAGGUGUUAAGCUCUUCUAGUUCUGUGAGAAAAGCUGCUAGUAACUCAUCAGAACCCAAACCUGAUAUUCUUAAUAGUGACUUUGUUAGUCACUGGCAAAAUUUACAGUACGGGAGAUUUUGUCAAAAUUCACGCCAACCUCAUUCAGUUAUGCAUCCUUCACCUGUUAUGGUACCUCCAGUUUAUUUGCAGGGCCAUUUUCCUUGGGAUGGUCCUGGAAGACCACAGUCAGCUAAUGUGAAUCUUUUCACUCAGCUUAUGAGCUAUGGGCCACACCUAGUACCAGUUUCCCCUCUCCAUUCAGUUUCUAACAGACCAGCCAAUCUUUAUCAACCUUUUGUGGAUGAGAUGCCACGGUAUCGAAGUGGGACUGGAACCUACCUGCCAAAUCCUAAGGUUUCUGUUCGGGAUCGACAUUCUACUAGUACCAGAAGGGGGGGUAAUUACAAUUAUGAUAAAAGUGAUCACCAUGGUGACAAAGAAGGGAAUUGGAAUACUAACUCAAAGUUGCGAACAAGUGGGCGUGGUCAUAACCGUGGCCAAACUGAGAAGUCUAGCUCAAAGCAAGAGAAGUUGGCAACUAGUGAAAGCCGUGCUGAAAGACCGUGGGGUUCACAUAGACAUCACUCCUUUGUUUCUCACCAGAAUCAAAAUGGUCCCAUACGCUUAAAUUCCUCACAGAGCAGUCCUGCAAACAUGGCUUACGGAAUGUACCCUCUUCCAGGAAUGAGCUCUAGUGGAAUCUCAUCAAAUGGACCUGCAAUUCCACCUGUUGUAAUGCUGUAUCCUUAUGAUCAUAAUGCUGGCUACAGCUCACCAGCUGAGCUGCUUGAGUUUGGUUCUCUGGGGCCUAUGGGUUUCUCAGGUGUCAAUGAACUAUCACAGCUGAACGAGGGAACCCAAUCUAGUGGAGCAUUUGAGGAGCAAAGGUUUAACGGUGGCACUGCUCAACAAUCCUCACCAGAUCAACCCUCUUCACCCAAGGUCCCAAGGGGCCUUUGAUAUUGCCAUAUCAGUAGUUGGGUGGAAUUAUUUACUGGAAGAGGAGGAUUUUCUCCCUUGCUUAUUAAGAAGACCUGGCAGGGAAAUUAAGUGGGGAAAACUGUAGUGCAAAACCUGCCUAUUUCAAGACAUUCUUGUUCUCACGCCACGCUUGAAAGGAAAGAACUUUAGCUAUAUCACCGGUUCAUCUUCUCAGGGAGGUCCCUGGUUUGUGCCCUCCCUCUUGUACAUUUAAACUGGUGACUAACCCGCUUUUUACAUUUUUCCAUCCAAUACUGUGUUCAAGGAUGGGGAACAGUAGCGGCAAAGGAGAUGCAGUACUCGGUGAUUAGUUUUUCAUUAAAGGUUUUGACUCGUUUGUAAACCAAUCAAAUCAUAAAACUGAUUUAGGUUCAGAAUUCAGAAAUUUCACCGUGUUACAGUUUUGUCAACUUCUCUCUUACACAAUGUAGUAGAGUAGGGCUUCUGUUUACAAGAUGCAGCAGAUAUUUGUUGAUCUUUUGAAAAAUGCUAACUGUGUAACUAACAUAAUUUGAAAAUAUUAUUAGAUAUCAUUUGUAUCUGCCUUCCCCUCUAUCCUUCUAAGGAAGCCUGUGACUCAAGUGGGAAGAUGGAAAGAAAACAGUUCACAGAAAUAUGAUAGAAAUGUCAAAAUAUGAAUAGGCAUAAUAUUUAAGUGACGAUCUAGGAUGAUGAAAUAAUUUCUGGUAAUAAUUUACCAGGUUCAUUCCUUAUUAUGGUUUUGAUUGGUUAUUCUCACCUGCAUGUAGGAUCCAUCCCCCAUUUCUGGUGUCACCUUGUGUUGUAGCUCUUAUGGUUUAUCUUAAUCAAUAUCAUGCAUGCUAUUUCUUCAUUAACAUUUUUCCAUAUUAGUCAUCCAAUUGAUUAUGGUGAUGUUAAUUUAUUCUAAAACCAUUCAAUGAGAAACUCAUAACGUGGUGGGAAAUUAUACAUAAUGUAGUUGAAUCUAAGUCCAUCUCUCCCAUGUGUGGUAUUUACGGGUUUAAGAGGUUUAACCUACACACCGUGAAGACACGGUGAAGAAAGGCGAUGGAAGUUGAUAUGAUGUGGUCCUCCCCAUAAUUUGCCUAAUAAGUUUAGACAAAGUUCUUCUAUUGGUACCACCAAAUUAUCAUUGACGU